AUGAAAUUCCAGGCCUUGGUGUUAGCGUCCCUGUUCCUGUUCGUGGCCGAGACGAUAGCGGCGCUCUACCUGAGCAGCACCUACCGCUCUGAUGGGGACCGCAUGUGGCAGGCGCUGACGCUGCUCUUCUCCUUGAUGCCCUGUGCUCUGGUGCAGUUCACGCUUCUCUUCGUCCACCGCGACCUCAGCCGCGAUCGGCCACUGGUGCUGCUCAUGCACCUGCUCCAGCUUGGGCCCCUGUUCAGGUGUUUUGAAGUCUUUUGCCUCUACUGUCAGUCCAACCCGAAUGAAGAGCCUUAUGUGAGCAUCACUAAGAAACGACAGAUGCCAAAAGAUGGCCUCUCAGAGGAGGUUGAGAAGGAGGUGGGCCAGGCAGAAGGCAAGAUGUUUACCCACCGUUCCGCCUUCAGUCGGGCAUCAGUGAUCCAGGCUUUCCUAGGCUCUGCCCCACAACUGACCCUACAGCUGUAUAUUACCGUGUUGCAGCAGAACAUCUCUACUGGAAGAACAAUUGCGAAUCUUCUUGCUAUUUCUGUGGAUAUGUCUAUUGUGCCUAUUUUAUAUAAAUAA